CAGCCAUUCUUCCUCCCUGUCUUCUUCUCUCACGCAGCAGCUCCCCCAUUCCUCCUACACGGCAGCAGGCAGGGAGCCGAGCUCCAAGCCCCCAUGCCGCCGAGCUCCUCCCAGGACGCUGGCCUCUCUCCCCUGGCCGGCCCUCUGCUCCCUGCGCUCGGUAUCCCUGCAGCAGGACGCCCCUCUUCCUCGGCGCGCUGAAGCUGCUCCCAUGGCGCCCAUCUCUUCCUCCCUCUCCCUUGCUGUCCAUGGCGAGCAGCAAAACACCCACCAUGGCGCUCGACGCCUCUCCCCUUCAAGCGCGGCUGCAGCAGGGAGCUGUCUUCUCCAGCGCGCAGGAACUGCAGGGCCGCCCAGCUCUCCUUCCCCAUCCCCAUGGCGCGACGCAUCUGCUCCCUGUCCUCCACUCCAUGGGCACGAGCUCCACUUUCCAUGGAUGGCGUCCAGAAAAAUUUUCCAGCUCCUCCCACGACGCCCUUUUUCCCCAAGAGCCAGGAGCAGCCGCUCCCAUUUUCCUUGCAGCGCCCUGUUCGUUUUUCGUCCAGCCGGCUCCCCUUUUUCACAUGGCCGAACACAGCUCCCUGUCCAUGGAUGCAGCAGCAGCUCGCCCUGGCCGACGCCUCUGCUCGGCCAGCAGCCUUCGCGCCCCUGUUCCCCUGCUCGUUCUCCCUUACGCAGCAGCAGUCGUACCUUCCCUGCACAGUGCCCCUCUCUGCUCGGUCAGCAGCCGUGGCAUCCAAGUUCCCCGCGCCCAACUUUUCUUGCCAUGAGCAGCAGCUCCGACGUCUCCGCGCGGCUCGCUGCUUUGCACUGCGCAGCGAACAGCACGUCGGGAUGCCUGCCGGGUGUUUGCUGUUUUGCGCAGCCCCGUCGUCGUCGUCAUUCACCCCGGUGAGACCGCGACGCUCCUUGUUCGAUUUCGCAUCGACAUUAUUUUCCUAUGAUUAAUUAUGUAUGUGUGUUGCUUUGUUUUGUUUUUGUGGAGGAGAGAACCCCGUGUUUUGCGUGGAGAAGGCAAGCCGCUCGACGCUCGUCGAUGUUCGAAGCGAUGCACAAAUCGGAAUCACCGUCGUUCUUGCAAACGCCGAUUGGGUUUGUU